CCCGGGCCGCAGCACCGGCCGCCGGCCGCCCCGCCCCGCCCGCCCCGCCCCGAGCCUCUCUGGACUCUCGGCGAGCAACGUCGCCCGCGGAGCCGCGCUGGUGCUGUGGCCCGGGCCCUGGCAGCCCUCCCGGGAGGCGAGCCGGGAAGGCGGUGUCCCCUGCCGGGGGCAGCGGGGCGCGGGAAGAGGCGGGACUCUUUGACGCGGCGGAGGGGUCGGGCGGCUCCCGACGCGCCGCCAUCUUUGGUCCAGUGCGGUGGCGGCGGUGGCGGUGGCUACUGCUGCGGUGAAGGAGGAGGAGGAGCCGAGCGGGCGCUGCCACCGAGGCCUGACCAUGGACGAGGAAUACGAUGUAAUCGUGCUGGGGACCGGCCUCACCGAAUGCAUCCUGUCGGGCAUCAUGUCUGUGAACGGGAAGAAGGUGCUGCACAUGGACCGGAACCCCUACUACGGGGGCGAGAGCUCCUCCAUCACACCCCUGGAGGAGCUGUAUAAGCGUUUUCAGUUGCUGGAGGGGCCCCCUGAGUCGAUGGGCCGAGGCCGAGACUGGAACGUUGACCUGAUUCCCAAAUUCCUCAUGGCUAAUGGGCAGCUGGUAAAGAUGCUACUGUAUACAGAGGUGACUCGCUACCUGGACUUCAAGGUGGUGGAGGGCAGCUUUGUCUACAAGGGGGGCAAGAUCUACAAAGUGCCAUCCACUGAGACUGAGGCCUUGGCUUCCAAUCUGAUGGGCAUGUUUGAGAAACGGCGCUUCCGCAAGUUCCUGGUGUUUGUGGCAAACUUCGAUGAGAAUGACCCCAAGACACCCGAGGGUGUUUACCCCCAGACUACCAGCAUGCGUGAUGUCUACCGGAAGUUUGAUCUGGGCCAGGAUGUCAUCGAUUUCACUGGCCACGCCCUGGCACUCUACCGCACUGAUGAGUGAGGGGAAGCUGGUGUGGCGGCAGCCCCCUCGCCCGGUCCACCUCCUGCCCUCCCCACACCUGCCUGUUGUCCCCCUGCCCCGCAUGUUUCUUGUACUCAGCCGUAGGUUCACCUAUCACCCUUUCCGUUUCCCCCUUGCAUUUGAUCCUCAUCUUCCCCAGGCCAUUCAGGGUGGUGGGAAGACUGGCCUGCUACCUGGUACCUGGUACCUGGGUGGGGGUAAGUCAGGGGUGCUGCUACUGGAGCAUCUUCCCUAACCCCUGUCCCCCAGCUACCUGGACCAGCCCUGUCUUGAGACCAUCAACCGCAUCAAGUUGUACAGUGAGUCCCUGGCCCGGUAUGGCAAGAGCCCAUAUUUAUACCCGCUCUACGGCCUGGGCGAGCUGCCCCAGGGUUUUGCCAGAUUGAGUGCCAUCUAUGG